GGCUCCACCAUAUGAGUUCAUAUAGCCAACGGUGCUCACAGGAAUGGAUAUACCGCAAUGCAUUCCAACACAAAGUUCUGAAGAGAGCAAAUCCAACCCCACUAAGAAAUGGGAAGGGGCUGAAGGAGGAUUUACUAACACAAGCAGCUGUAAUAGUCCUGGAUUCACAAUAAGGAAGGCUACGAAGGAAGACUGUUGUGAUAUUCUCCGACUUAUCAAAGAACUCGCUGCUUACGAAAAUAUGUCAAAUGCUGUGAAAAUAACUGAACAGGAUCUACUUGAAGAUGGCUUUGGAGGGCAGCCUUGCUACUACUGUCUAGUAGCAGAAUUCCCAAAGGAAAAUGUUUCUGACACUUCAAGCAGAACAGUUGUCGGUUUUGCAAUGUAUUAUUUCACAUAUGAUCCAUGGGCAGGAAGAGAGUUGCAUUUUGAGGAAUUCUUUGUGAUGGAGCAGUAUCGAGGUUUAGGAAUAGGAUCAGAAAUUCUCAAAAGACUCAGCCAGGAAGCAAUCGAUCAACACUGCAAAUGUAUGAAUUUCUUAGUCCUGUCCUGGAAUUCAUCUGCAGUUGAAUACUACAAAAGAAGAGGGGCUUUGGAUCUUUCAGAGAAAGAAGGCUGGCAUGUCUUUCAUAUUAACAGUGACAACUUAGCCCGCAUUGCAUCUGAAACAUAAGAACCAUUUCAGCAAAUAAAAAAAAAAAAAA